GGAGAACAAAGCAAGAGCCAGAGUGAAUCACUCGAAUCACACGAAUGAUUUGUAUGCAGGCGUUUCUUUGAGUAGGCCCUAAUUGCGGACAGCCAUGGCUCCUCCGACAAUACUGACAAACAAGGCUGAAGAAUGGGUGGAAUGUGCAUCAAGGCUGCUACUGGACACCCCAGAGUCUUUGCGCAGCGCGUCUGAUUGGACAGGACGUGCAAAACUAUCAUCAAAGAACACAAAGGAAGAGAUUCUGGAGAUGUGUGAGCAGCGUGGAGUAGAAUGUUCUGGACGCAAGGCUGACGUGAUCAAAGCUCUAGUUUCAAGUUUUUUGGGCCCCGAUGUUCCUGAGCAAGGGGUUCGCAUGUGCCAUCCUGGGAUUGCUAUGGGCUAUGACACGGAGAUGCGGAAUCCAGCGUGGUGUGCCUAUCGCUUGAACCCCGAAGAGCAGCGGGCAACGGACAAUGACCGGAAGAGCUUUGAACUUGACCCGGCUUUGAAAGCAGCUGGCAUUCAGCAGACCUCCCCGCAGAGCUACACGAAUACAGGCUUUGACAAAGGGCAUUUGGCACCUUCUUUGGCCAUGAGUUUUCAGAGGGAUGAGCUCAAAAAAUUGAAACGGAGCCCGUGGAAAUCAAGCUACUAUGCGAGCAACAUUGCUCCACAGCAUGACAAAAUGAACCAACGAUGUUGGCAGACUUUAGAAGAGGCGCUGCACAAGUAUGCUGAAGAGCUGCCCAAGUCUGUCCCUGGCGUCUACGUGGUGUCCGGUGUGGGCUACUGGAACAGAGAUGAGCCUCGAAGGUGGGAUGCAGAUGGCGAAUGUCAUUUGCGAUGUUUAUGUGGCGAUGAAUGCGGCUGCCGAAAUUGCACCGACACUUAUGUGACAGUCCCGACAUUUUAUUGGAAGGCUGCCUGUGACCCGGAUAGUAGAUCUUCGUUCGCGGUCAUUGCGGAGAAUGACCCUGAGUCAGGCAGUCUGGAAGGCGGGAAGGCUGGUUGGCCCCCCUCAGCAUUUAAGACGUAUUCAGUUCAGAACCUUCAGACGUUCUUCGGCAUCAACCUGAAUUUCCCGGACGAGUGCAAUCCAUCUGAGGCGGUUGACCUAGUUCCUAAGUGGAAUACAGGCAAUGGUGCGCCGCUUGUGCCAAGUGAUUCGAAGAACGGGAAACUAUCAAUAUCUUUGAUGAAGCUAGGAGGCAAACGAGUCAUGUACAAAGAGCAGGUCUGGCUACACUUUGAGUCAGCCUUUGGCCCCUCCUCCGACUUCCAUGAUGCCUUCACACUCGAACCGCCACCACCUUCGUCCGCGGACACGCCUGGCUGGAAAGCCGACUGCAACUCCCUGAUUGCACAGCAGCUUCCAAAGCUGAAGAGCUGUAGCCAAUCAGGGUCUAACAUUGCAUUGAAAUUCUCACAGCCCAGCAAAGGUGGUACUUUUCUGUUCACGCUCUCUUUAGACGCUCCAGCUGGACCGUUGGCCCACAACAACUGGACUGCACGGGUCGCGGGCAAAGGCAUUCCCGAAAUGGUGGCGAUGGGAAGGGGCUUUGAGCUCCUUCCGUCGCCUGAUUGGAAACCCGAGCAGCCAUCGCAUGGUUCGCAGGGGGGCUUCUAUCACUACUGGCCAUUCUAUGCAGCGGCAUCUCUUCUCGUUUUCUUGUUCUGUGUGGGCUGCAUUCGGCGCUUUUGGUGUACUCACACGGUACGCGAGCGUGAGCUGGAAGCUGCACUGGAGCGAGAGAGAGCGACUUUGCGACAAGCAAAUGCAGAGUUGCAGCGGCGGGGUGUGCCUGCUAGCAGGGGCAUUGAGAUGUGGGACUUGCGCCAGACUCGGCAGUAAAAUGAUGGCCGUUGGAAGCAAGUGAGUACACAUAGGCAUGCAACAUGACAGACAUCAAGAUAGACGGACAGAAAGACUGGCAGAAAGAGAGAGAGAGAGAGAGAUCACAACCACGAC